CACACAGAUGUUGAUCAUUCAGCUAAUUUGGCAGGAAGUCUACAAAUGGUCUCAGCUUGUGUGUGAUCUGGAUCAGUCAGUCAUGGUGAAUCAUCUCUCCCUAGGUGUGAUAAUCGUGGCUGUUUUAGCAACAACAGUUGCCAAUGCAGGUAGGUAGAGCUGUGUAAGCAUUAUUUCCUAUAUUCCAUUUUGUUUUAUUUUAUAUUUAGGUAUUUAUUUUGGCAUGUAGAAAAUGUUCAAUUUUAUUUCUCUGCAGAGAUCAAUUUAGUCUGUGCAAAAGAUUCUGUGAGAAUCACAUGGAGGAUCAGCCCCGAGUUGGUGCCACAUGCAGCUCGUCUCUUCCUGGGAAACUGCAUGGCCUCUCAGUUUCAUGUUCUGCCCACUGGAGAGGGGGAGGCUAAGUUCAACUACAAGUUUGGAGACUGCAAGUUUAAAAAACUGGUAAUUUCUGCACCAGAUUAAACUAAAACACAUCCACAUGUUCUAUUUUGGUGUCUUAAUUCCCUGGUUUUCUUCAGAUGAAAGGGAAAAAGCUGCAGUACCUUAAUGAAUUGACUUACAGGCCACAGGCCAAACCAAAACCUGCUGCCUUUGUGUACCCCAUCACAUGUACUUACAAGAGGUAAGAGUGUCUUCAUGAGAAACUGCAAUUUUUAAAGCUUACUCAAAGGCAGUGAAAACCUCUUCCAUAUUCUAGACCUGAGGGUUGGGUCCCCCCUUUCCUGAACCCUGGAUCAGGAGUUUCUGAAGGUCGAGGUGGGCUGGUCUUCCACAUGGCACUCCUGGAUGGUGAGUUCUUUGACAGCUAAAAACCACACCAGAUAUACACAAAACAUAUUUUAAGCCUUAUCAUUCCCCCCCAACAGAGCAGCUAAAAGGUUAUGCAAAGACUAAUAUCAUCCCACUGGGCUCCUUCAUGCCAAUAUGGGCAGCAGUGGAGCAGAAGUCCCAUCAACCUUUGCUGUUGCUCAUGGAGGAAUGUGUGGCCACUACGUCGCCACAGCUACAGCCCAGCAGUCAGGUUUACCCCAUCAUCACCAAUAAUGGGUGCGCUGGUUUGUCUCUGCAGUGAUUGUUUAGAUAACAGAAAUCUUGAUGCAAACUUGGAAACUUUGAAAUAUCUGCAGGUGUCUGAUGGAGAGCAUAAACGGAAACUCCAAGUUCCUCCCUCGGUAUCACACAUCUGCCAUCGUACUUUACCUGCAAGCCUUUAAGUUUGGUCUUGGAGAGGAAGUAAGAGUGUUAACAGUCCGUUGUAUUAAAAGUAUUUUGUUGCUAGCACAAGCAAGCUAAAGUCUCUGUUCUCUUCAGGUCUACAUUCACUGUAAACUGGUAGCAUGGGAUCCCCAAAUUCUUGGUGAAAGCAAGAAGGCCUGCCAUUUUGAGAAGCAAAAUAUGAGGUAACGCAAUAUCCCUGAUUAUCCCUGGUCAAGUGUAUUUUGAUUAAAACAGGAAGCUAUCUCGUCUUUUUAUUGGCAUACCCAAAUGUUAACAACUUUGUGUUUCUGGAUUGUUUACCCCCUGCAGAAAAUAUUUAUAAGAGAAAUUAAGGUUUUUUUAAUGGAAAUAUUCCAAAAGUUUCUGACUUAUUUUGUCAAAUCUUUGGAGAAAGCCAUGCUAGUAUUAAACUGUGUGGCCAUGCAGCCACAGUAAAUGGUGCUUAGCUCCUUCACAAAACUUAAAGCAUUAGGUUUACAAAUUACAUCUUACGGUUAACUGCUGAAUGACUUUCAUGAAGUUUUACAUUUAAAGAUACUAUGAGGGGUUUGUAGCUGGUUGAGAAACCGACUUGAAUAGAUGCUAAUGACUCCCUUUGAUCUUUUAAAAUGCUAAUAAGACAAUUAACAACUUCACUAAUAUGAAUUUUCCUGUAGUAUCUUUUAAAGGUUUAAAAUGCUGAGAUGGUAUGUGUCAGACAAAGUGGUUGACAGCAGGCUGAAAUGUUACAACAUAUUGAAGAGUUAGUCUUCAAUUGCACUAAACCCAGUUUACUAAUAUAAUUCCUACUGAAAGGAGUAUUAAUAGAAAUUUACAAGCUGACUGCAAACAGCCAAUUGAAAACCAUGUCAAAAAACAUGCUACCAAAGAGAACUGCUUUUUUUCCCCCCACAGCUAAUAGUCAAAGUGAGUCAUACAUUUUAUUGUGAAAAGACCAACAGGAUGAGCAUUUGUCUUUAAAACUCUCCUACCAUAACAGGUCCAUAAUUAGGACUGUGUCUACAGGGGUUGCCAGCGUCAACACAUACCACAAGUUCUACAGACCAGCUUUAAUGUGUUUUAAUGGAAAUGUAAAGCUAUAAUGUACCAUUUAUUUAUUUUUAAAGACCAUUAUGCAAUAAUACUUUUUUGUUUGCUCAGCUGGGAACUGCUAGAUGACCCCUCUCAAAGCGCUGUCUGUAGCUGCUGCAGUACAACCUGCAGGUCUCGCUCCAAAAGAGGAAUCCAAUCAGGUAUCAUUUGUGUGUGUGGGGAGGUUUUGUUUGUUUGUUUUUUGUUUGUUUUAACAUACACUUUUCCCUCCGGCAAUCACAUUUUUCUUCUUUUCUUUCAGAAUCCCAUGGCAUUAGCACCAAUACUGUGUUGGGACCCCUGAUAAUUGUGGACCCCUCAGACCCAAGGACACAAACCAUAUCAGGUAGGGCAAAACUGACUUGUAUGUAAUUUCAAGUAAUGAAAUAUGAAGUUUAUGCUCUAUCCAUGUUAAAGCAAUUAUGUUGUCUGACACUCUUCACAUCUCUGAACAGAAACCCCUGCUCUUAACUGACAGAGGCUCAUUUAACUGAUGCCCGACAAAGAAGGAGCCAGGAGUGGAAAACUGAUGUUUGAUCCAAGCUUUCUAUGAUCCUAUUAAAACCUCUUUGCCAAUAAACCUGGUAACGGCUCCUAAAAGUCUA